AACUUUGCUCCGCAGCACCAUGUCCGGCAGCUGGUGGAGCAGUGAGCCGGUGACCCACGGGCUUGUGGCUCUGUUCGCCAUGGGGUCCUGGAUUUCUGUCAACAGUCUGUGGGUCGAGCUCCCGGUGGUAGUCAACGUGCUGCCCGAAGGCUGGAAUCUGCCUGCCUAUAUCUCAGUGCUGAUAGCAUUUGGGAACAUUGGUCCAGUGGCAGUGACCAUCACUCACCACUGUGCUCCGGGACGUUUAAACGAACGCAUUGUCAUCCACUGCAUCCAGGCGCUGGCCGUGGUGUCCUCCGCUCUUCUGGCUGUCUUCUGGUCACACACCCUCACAAUAGCUGGAGAAGAAAGGUCGCUGCCUUUCCUGCUCUUCACCUUUCUGCUGUCUUUUGUUUGCUGCACGUCCAACGUCACCUUCCUGCCUUUCAUGUUUAGUUACCCUCAACAGUAUAUUCGUACGUUCUUCAUCGGUCAGGGCCUCAGUGCCUUGGUCCCUUGUGUUGUGGCCUUAGGGCAAGGCGUUGGCAAGCUGGAGUGUAAAACCGUGAAUGGCACAGUGCAUCCAGAAUAUUUAAAAGAGAACUUUCCUGCACAGAACUUCUUCUGGUCUUUGUUUGUCAUGCUGUCAAUCUCAGCUCUGAGUUUCCAGGCUUUAAUGCAAAGACAGGUAAAGUCACAGGAAGAUGCACCUGCACUGGAGUCAGAAAAUGCAGCAACGGUGAAAAACGGAAUGGAAUCUGACCUGCUACAGAACGGAGGGACACCGGUGUCUGAGGAGCUGGUGCAGAUGGAGGAAGUGCCACAGACAUUUUGGACAAAGAGGAACAUCUACCUGCUGUCUCUGCUCGCCAUCUCAAACGCCCUCACCAACGGCGUGCUGCCCUCUGUGCAGAGCUUCACCUGCUUGCCUUACGGGACCAUGACCUUUCACCUCUCUGUCGUCCUCGGCAACUUAGCCAACCCCCUGGCCUGCUUUGUAGCAAUGUUUGUUGUUUUAAGGUCCUCCACUGGUCUCAGCUUCCUGUCUAUCGGGGGGAUUGCGUUUGCUUCAUAUCUCAUGGCGUUGGCAGCAAUCAGCCCCUGUCCUCCACUCCGGGAAAACUCUGCAGGAGCGGCUUUAGUGGUCAUCUCCUGGAUUGUUUUCACCGGCCUCCUCUCAUAUGUGAAGGUGGCGAUCGGGACUUUGCUUCACAACGCGGGUCACUCGGCCCUGCUGUGGUGCGGCAUCUCCAUCCAGGCCGGCUCACUGAUCGGAGCCCUCACCAUGUUCCCCCUCAUCAACGUCUAUCAAGUGUUUGAACAGGGCCGAGAUUGCGUGAAUAACUGCUGACUGCAGGAGUGAGAAAUGUAAGGUUUUAUAUAGGCUCAAUUCCCAUUUAUACGUAACAGAAUGACUACUUUAACACAGUUUUCGCGGCUCCGGAGUGAAGAAUCUUCUUUUCUAGUGAUGAAGCAUCCUCUCCUGAACCAGAGGCAUCUGAGCCUGUGACAACAUUCCCAGAUAAUGGACGCUUUGUACGCUGCACAUUGGCCAGGGGGAAGUAAAAAGCGUAUGAUGCCGUUACACCACAAGUGCUUUGUGUGGUGGUUUGAAUCCCUCUAGUUGUUUACUGUUGCAAAAACAGCAGCUGAUAUUUUCACAACACAACAGUCUAUGGGAAAAGCUCUUUACUCAGGGACACAAUCAUUAACUUAUUAAUUUACAUGUGCUGCUCCUAAAUAUAAUUCAUAAUAAAUAUUUACACUGUUAGUUGCUUAUUCCAGACAAGAAGUAUUUUACUUUCAUC